CCGUCAUUGUAAUCUGCAAUUAAACAAUUGUUUUAUUGUGUAUUCCAAUUAUUUUAAAUUUUUUAAGUAUUAUCUAUUUCAAUUGGAGAGAUAUCAAUUAUUGUCGUAACAAAUGUGAUAUGAUAGAAAUUCUGUGACUAAAAUUCCGUGUGAAAAUCGUUAUCAUAAUUUUGUUUCACCGCUUAAUGCUUAUAAUUAAGAUUUUAUUUAAAAGUAAAGUGAAAUGGAACCUGAAAAGCCUUUUGCGUGUACUAUACCUGAUUGUGGAAUGACGUUUACCAAUGAAGAUCAUCUCCAUGUCCACACUAAGAAACAUGACAUGGUGUUGCAACUUGGCUUGGAACAAAAAGCUGCUUUUGUUGCUGAUCAGACCCCAACACCCACUCGGUUUAUUAGGAAUUGUGAAGAAGUGGGACUGUUUCAAGAUUUGCAAAAUGUCAACCCAUUUGAUGAAGGCUUCAAAAGGGCUAUGGAAACAAAGCAUCUAUCACUGGAGGGUGUUAAUGGUGGUAGUUCAUCAGAUGAUGUUCUCCAUACACCGCAUCUGGUGUUUCCCCACAUAGACCCUGGAGAUUGCGCACUAUUCAGUACCACAAAUAAUCAAAGAAAUAUUACAAUAAGCAGGUCAUCCAGUGAUGAGUCUGGUGCUGUUAAAGAGUAUGAAACUACCACAAUAUCAAAACUGACAAAUGAAGUGACAACCAUUAGUAGGGUAGUUGGUAAACAGGAUCUAUUAGACAGAGUGACUACAACCGAUGAUGUAUCUAUAGUACGACAUGAAGAGACUGCGAGAAACAAAGAUGGUUUAAACGAAACAGUUUCGUACACAAAUAAUAUUAUAAAAAUUCAUAGUAAUGUUGAAAUUAGAAAAGAUAAUAUUGUUAAUAUUGAAAAUGCUAAAAAUGCACAAGUACCAGUAACAAUGAUUUCUUAUUCGGAUUCAGUUAUUAAGGAUGCUAAUGUUGUGACAAAUGAUGUACUGCUUACGGACACUAAUAAAUUACAAGUACCUCAAGGGAAAGUACCUCCUAUAAUGAGUCAAAGGUCUUUAGAUUUUGUAGUUGAUAGUUUCACUUCUGAUGUUUCCCAUAAUGAAGCAGUUGACAGAGAAAAAGAACAUCUACUUAAAACUCUAAAAAGAAACUAUGAUAAUGCGUUAAAUAAAAAUAAUAUACAAGCAGAAAAACUAGAUAAUAACAUUAAAAAUAUUAUCAAUAGUAAAGAAAUGAAAGAUUCAAAAGAUAAUGAUUAUGAAGUAAUAAUAAAACUUCCCAAUGGCAAACAAGUACGAAUGAAAGCAAUCGAAGAUGAUGCACAAAAUGAAAAAACAGUAAAGGAAGAUACAAGAGAAAAGUUAAAAAAGGUUUUAACAAAUAAAGUGAAAGAUAAACAGGAGGCUAAGAUUCCGAAUUUUCAAAGAAUGACGAGUAUACAGAAUGCUCAUUUAGUACAAAAUAUAUUGCCAUUAACAACAGCAACUCUUAUACCAGUAACUAUAGUAAGCCCACCGAAUACUAUAAUUCAACCAACCUUACCAAAUAUAUCUUUAGUUCCGAUUGACACAGUUAAACUAAAGAAAAGUGAUAAUUAUAAAGCAGUUAAAAGAAAAUCAAUAAAAGAUGAUGAAGUAAAAUUAAUAGAUACAAACAAAAGUGAAACAAAUAAGUUACCUAUUAGCAAAGAACCAACAAAAUCACCGAGAAAACCUUUUGAUGAGGAUUGUAUUGUAGUAGACAAUAAUAAUGUUGCUCAAACAAGGAGACGUUCACCUUCUCAACAGUAUUUAGAAAAUAGAAGCGCGGCUUCAAAACGAUAUAGAAUACGUUUAAGAGAAUCAAUGAAGCAGCAAAGUGAGGAAAAUAGAUUGUUAAGAGAGAAAAAUAAAAUACUGACAGCGGAGAAAGCAGAACUAAAACUUAUAAUAACAGAACACUUAAGAAAGUGUCCAAUAGCUGAUGAUUUAAGAGAUAUUCAAGAGAGACUGAGGAAAGCCACAACUGGUUUAUAGCAAUAAGUAAUACUUAGCAUGUAAAUAAUUUCUGUGAUAGAUUUUGUAAAUAUUUAUAAUUCAGCUAUAUAUUU